UGCUUCCAGGUUCAGGCACAGCUAUAAAUACAUUGGAGUACAUCGAUUACCAAGCUCUCAAGGAAUCAAUAUACGUUGGAGUACAUCGAUUGCCAAGCUCUCAAGGAAUCAGUAUACAUUGGAGUACAUCGAUUACCAAGCUCGCAAGGAAUCAAUUAAGAACUCGAUCGAGCAGCCACGAUGGUCAGGGUAUUGGGUCUCGCUGCGGCCAAAGGUCUCGCCGCCGGUUCCGUGCACUAUGCUCCCGGCAGCGUGGUGGGUCUAGCAUUCGCCUUCGUUGCUGCGGUUGCGAUCGUGGCCAUUGCCGUGUUCGGCUGCGCUGGCCACAAGAAGAACUCCGGCGGGAAGAAGCCUAGGCGUCACGGCGGCUCUCACUGGCCCGCUGGAGCUGCAGCUGGUGCCGUCUACGUGGGAGAUGGCGGGGCCGGUGGUGGAGGAGGAGGUGCAGGCUGUGGGGGCGGUGGAGGAGGCGGUGGAGGAUGUGGGGGUGGCGGUGGCGGUGGUGGAGGCUGUUAACUAAGGUCAUCGUUACAUAUAUAGGGGAAUUCUUGACAAGGUUGCUAGUUAUUAGACUUUACCACAUCGAAGUCACCGUCAUAUUGUUCUGAUAUAAUUCUUUCACGUUAGUCGAAAUGUAUGUAAAUUCAAAUUCAUCUUUGUAUAUGUUCAUUGUGUACAUAAUCAUAGUAGUAUAUUGUACCAUGCA